AUGACAUAGAAGAAAAAUGCAAAACAAGAAGAGAGCGGAUUUAGAUUUAAUCGCUAUCAAUUAAGAAUAAUUUUAUCAUAAUAACAAAGAUUACAAUCUUUUAAAUCUCAAGAGAACAAAAUGAAAAGGAAGAAGACAAAAUAUAAGAAAAGCAUCAAUAUCAACUCCAUUUUAAGGGAUUAAAUCUGA